CUGGUGCGUUUCGUAUUGGUAACAUAUGUUCCACAUUUGUCCAUAAAUAGCGCUGGUGGGGAAACAAUGUUUAUACUAUUCGGGAGUGAUAAAUUUCCUUGAAACCUAAAAAUGUAGGAUUCGGAUGGCAAAUGCAACUGAAGGUUCAGAUUCAGUAGCUCACAGAUUAUUAACAACAGAGUUACUUCAGAGUGUCAGAUUAAAUGCCUUAUUAUUUUGUGAUCCAGUUGAGUACAUUUACAAUCCACUAGAGUAUGCAUAUGAUGUGCAUUCAGAUUUUGUUCACAAGUUUUGUACAUCAACAAAAAAGAUAUUAUUUUUAGGUAUGAAUCCUGGGCCAUGGGGAAUGUCCCAAACUGGGGUUCCAUUUGGUGAGGUGAAAAUUGUACGGGAAUGGUUGAGGAUAUCUGGUCAUGUUGGGCGGCCACAAAAGGAACAUCCAUCCCGACAGGUGUUGGGACUUGAAUGUAAACGUAGUGAAGUGAGCGGCCGGAAGUUCUGGGGUCUAUUUCAGAAGCUUUGUGGUGAUCCAGAUACAUUCUUUCAACAUGCAUUUGUAUACAAUUAUUGUCCACUGGCCUUCAUGACAAACAGCGGUAAAAACAUCACUCCAGCAGAGCUUAAGGCUUCAGAUCGACGAUCAGUGAAUAACAUAUGUGAUGAAGCCUUGCGCGAUGUUCUGCUGCUCCUGCAAGUCGAAGUAAUUGUAGCCAUUGGGAAGUUUGCUGAGACAAGGGCUAAUUUAGCUGUUGCAGGCACAGAACUUCAAACAAAAAUAAAAAUUGGUUCAAUUCCACAUCCCAGUCCUCGGAACUUUUCAUCAAAAAACUGGCCAGAAGAAACAAUCAAGCGCCUCCAAGAAUUGGACAUACUGACCAUGUUGAGUUCUAAUACAAAUAUUGUACCUAUGAAACAAACAUGGUAAACACCGACAUCAUAAAAAUACAUGUAGCAUAGCUAAUUUAUUAUACUUUAUGUGAUGCAGAAUGUAUUCAUAAUUCCUUCUCCUACUUUCAAGGAAAAAUAUAUUUCAGUGCAUAAUUUCUCACUCUUCACUUUAUCUUUGGAUCUGAAGAUAAAAAAGCUGACUAAUUUACUUCAUAAUAAAUACAAAAAUUACAGACUGGCAUUCAAAUUAUUUUACCAGGUAAGGAAACAAAGAAAUUGUUUGGAGACAUAUGGUUCCAUCUAUACAUCGAAUUGUGCAGUUGUUAACCAUCAUACUCAGUUUCUAGCAUGUGUAAAAUAGAAAUGUAUUUUCCACCUACUUGAUCAAGGAUUUUAAAAAUUUGAACAGAAAAAUGAAGCACUAUAUAUGAUUACAGAGUUGUUGCAUUUUCACUUCAAGAACAAAGUAAAGGGUUUUCUUAAAAUUCUUUUGUAUAUCCAAAUUUAAAACUGUGCUACUGACACUUGUUAAAAUAGUAGUUCAUCAAAAGUAUAUAUGUGUAGGGUAAUCAGUUCAGCUGAAAAAUACAUUUGUUUAAUAGUGUGUGUUACAAUAACAAUUUCUUUAUUAGGUUGGAAACUACUUAUAUCAAGAAUGCUUAUGGUAAUUGAACUGCACUGUGAUGUCACCAAAGUAUGACCAGUGUCCUUUAAGCCGUGUACCACGUAAUGAAUAUUUAUGCAUGAUGGACAUAUGAUUCCAAUAACAGAAAAAUUCUUUCAGUUUGUAAGGUAUAAACAUCCUGUUUUAAACAAUAUCUAGCAGAGAUCUUAACACAGAAAAUAUGUACAAAAUAUGUAAAGCUGCUUCUGUGAGACGUGAAGUAUGGCCUUGAGUUGUGUGGUAAAGGAGAACAAGACUGUAGCUCAUAUCUCACCAAACUAGCAAUACAGAUCAAGAUAAAUCAUGUCACAUAAAUACAGAAAAGAAGGAAAGCAGUGAUAUAUCAAAUUAUACUGCCAAGAUAAACACAUUCCACUGCUGUGGUCAAACAAGACUGGAAAACAUGUGUAAUAGAUACUUCCUUAUAUCCAUUUUCCUCUGUCUUUUAGUACUUUUCUACUUAGUAAUGAUCAGAAAGCAUCUGUUAUGAUGGGACCACUAAUGGCCCCACUGUCUAUCAUCCAGAUGAUACAUGAAUAAAUAUGGAGCUGUGGUAGAAUGAUAAUGACAGGAAAACCAAGAACUUAAGAAAAACCUGUCCUAGUACCACUAAGUCCACUGCAAACACCAAUUGAUUGGCCUGAACAUGAACCCUGGCCUCCACAGUGAGAAGACAUGAUUAACGGUCUGUGCUAUACACAACAUUAGCCAUGUGUAUGCUACAUACAUGGGAAGAACCAGUCAUUGUCUGUAAAAUGCUCUGACAGAAAGACAAUAGCAAGGAAGUACUUGACACACAACAUUACAUGGAUUAUUUUCUUCAUGGAAUGUUGAAAUUGGCAUCUGUAACAUCAAAAUUUCUGUUCUUACUUUAACCCAGUAUAUUUAAAUCCUUUCAAUAGCCAAGCUGACCAAGUGAUGGUUUUGCACUGAAUUCACACACACAUAAAAUAUUACAAAAUUUCGUGACUAUUAGAUUAACACAGCAAUUUUUUAAACUGUGUCAUAAUUCUAUCCAUGCAAAAGGCACCACAUAUAUACUCUGAAAGGAGAAGAGUUUGCAAAGCAUUACUUUAAAUCAGCCUAUAAUUAAAACCAGUCAGAUUGAUGAGUUCUGGAGACACUGACAGAUUUAAUGGUAGUCAAUACCAUAAACAAAAUUAUGUCAAACAUGUAGCUGGUUGUGCAAACCAGGGUCCCAUAUCCUGUUAGUAAUCUUGGUUAAAAGUACUUAAAAAUAAGAAACUAUUUAACUUCCACAACAUUUACAUUUCUCAUAACAUCAACAUUUCAUAUAUAUAUAUAUAUAUAUAUAUAUAUAAUGGCACUCCUAUGAUUGCUAGCAAAUGCACUGGAUGCGUAUCACAUUGUAUUAUGUCAUAUCCAUUAACAGUUAAAAUACAUGUUUUGAAAUACCAUUAGCUCUAUUUGAAUUACUUCAUUCUGCAGUAACUGUACAUGAUUAAUAUGCUAUAUAAAUCUAGGCAAGCACUAGAAAUUAUAAAGUUUAAAGUACUUACAUAAAUUUAGUGAAGAAACAAAACCAUUUGUGAGACUUGAAGACAUUAAUAGAAAAGUGGAUAUUUGAGAAACUGUGUGAAUAUGUGCAUUUUAUUCAGCUGGCUUAAGAUAGGGUCACACAAUGGAUUUUUGCAAAAAUGUUAAUGAAUCUUCUGGUUUCAUAAAGAGAAACAAUUUUGUUAAUCAGCAAAGUACCAACUUUUCAGGGAAGUUAUUGUAACAUGAAUUUAAUUAUAAAUUUUAAACAUGGAAGUACCCCAUUCUAGGAACUAAUGAGUUACUUAAAAUACCGACCAAAGUUUCUUGUGUUCAGUUUUACAAUUUUAGCAAACUAAUAACUGACUGCUAUUGCAAAUAAACCUUGUAACAUCACUUUCAGUUCAUGUGAAGAAUUUUUAUUGCUUUAUGUUUGGAAAACAAAAACGUGGUUGUAUUGUCAAAGAUUUACUGUGAGUAAGUAGAGUGCAGUUAAAAUGACAAUGUUAGAUAUAUUUCAAGUAAAGGAAUUACAGAAUAGACCAUCUAUCAAAAAUGAACACUAACAGAAGACAAUGUAUCAUAUGUAUCCUAAUAAACUGAUUUUGUGAGUUUAAA